UCACUUGUCAUAACAAUUUAGAAUAUUGUGAAAUAAGUGCGCAGGAAGCAAAUUUCCUCCUGAAACCGCAGAGAAUUCAGUGUAAAAGUGUGAAAAGUAGAAAGAUACAGAAGAUGCCGUCGAAGAAGAAGAACACAAAGGCCGUGGUGAACGAGUUCGACGAGGAUUAUCGCAAGAAAAGAGAGAGGAACAAUCAGGCAGUGAAGAAGAGUCGCGAGAAGACCAAGCAAAACACCAUUGAGACUCACAAGCGAGUGGAGAAUCUGCGGGUGGAGAACAGAGUGCUGGAGAAUGAGAUUGUCAACUUGAAGAAGAAGCUGAAGCUGCUCAAGGAGCUCUUCAUCGCCCAGGCCAGAGCCAAGAACAACAACAACGUGAAUCUGAAGGAAUUGCUCAGCAGUGACGAUGACAGUGACGAAGAGUGAAUUCCCGGAAGGACGAAAGGAUUGUCUUAGGCUUAAGAUUGUAAAUUAACACUUUGUGGAAAUCAUUAAAUUCAUACGUUCAUUAAA